GUCUUAGACGCCACCUCAAUCUCCUCAGCCUCCGCCAUGGCUUUCUAGUUCGGUGCCACAUCUUUGUGCCGCCGCUUGCGCUUCCCCCGCCUCCUCCUCUUCUUCCUCCUCCUCCUCCUAUUCUCCUCAGCCGAGGCCUCCUCCUCCUCUCCCCCGCCGCCAUGGAGUCCUUCAGUUCCGCCAGCGUGCCGCCUGUCACCCAGCCCACCAGAAGCCGCCGGGCCCGCCGCCCCUCAGCCACAAGCCCCGCGUCCUCCUCCUCCUCCUCCUCCGGCCGCCGCCGCCCCUGCCCAGACCCCCCGCAGCGGCAUGUCGCUCCUGGCGGCCCUGGGGCUGGAGCUGGAGCGCGUCCUGCUCCCAGCUAACGGCCUGGCCUGGCGGGCCGACCUGGCCAAGCUGCCGCCCCAGCUCCCCGGGGGCCACUAUGAGCUGCCGGGUGGGGGUCUGGAGGGGUCCGAGGGCCUGACAGGCGACUGUUACUCUGACUGGCUGACGGAGCGGGUGGACUUCGCCGCCUUCCUCCCCGAGCCAGCGGUCCCCUCCCCAUCCCCACCCGACCUGGAGGCCAUGGCCAGCCUCCUGAAGAAGGAGCUGGAGCAGAUGGAGGACUACUUCCUAGACGAGACGCUGCCCCCGGACCAGGUGGCCCCCACCACCCCGCCCUCCCACGACCCGCCGGCCCCCGGCCCCUUCCCCUUCCCCGACGUCCCCCUCGCCCUGGCCUUCCCCCACUUGGAGCCGCCUCCCGGCCCCGCGCUCGAGACCCUCGACUCGGGGUGCCUGGAGCUGCUGACGCUGUGGGGGGCGGCCGGGGCCGAGGGCCCGCCCGGCCCCCCGCCCCCGGCCCCCCGCCGGCCCCGCCCCGCCCCCUACGCCCCGGGGCCCCCGCCGGCCCCACCCAAGGGCGACCGCAAGCAGAAGAAGCGGGAUCAGAACAAGACGGCGGCCCUCAGGUACCGGCAGCGCAAGCGGGCCGAGUUCGAGGCGCUGGACGACGAGUGCCAGGGCCUGGAGGCCCGCAACCGGGAGCUCAGGGAGAAGGCGGAUUCCAUCGAGCGGGAGAUCCAGUACGUCAAGGACCUGCUCAUCGAGGUGUACAAAGCUCGCAGCCAGCGCCUCCGCAGCCCCUGAGGCGGGGGGGCGGCUAGUUCAGAGGGCGGGCUGAGCUUGGGGACCCCCGGAAACCCCAGCCAACCCGGUCUGGCAGGAGCUGGGGGGCGAGGAGGAGAGAUGGGGGUGACCGCCACCCCCUUCCCCUCUUGUCCCUCAGCUCCAGGGGGAAGAGAGGAGGAGUGGGAGCGAUGCCGAUAAGAAACAGGUGUCGACUUAGAGGGAAGGGCAGCAGGACAGCUCCCCAGGGGGCUUUGAUGAGGGCGGCGAUACGGAACCAACUUAGGCUGGCCCGAGGGGAGGGGGAUUUGUUUCAGCUCCUAAAAUCGGGGGGUGGUGGAGUAGGGGGUGGGAGGUGAUGGGACCCAAUAGCCCAUAGUGCCCAGAUAACCAUAACCCAGGGGAGGGGGAUUGUGGAUGUGUGGUGAGGGGAGUGGUGUAAUAAAAGAAAAAAAAAAACA